AUGAAGAUAGAGGCCAAAUACAAAGAUGACAUCAUACUCUUGGUAAGAUACCUGAAAUGGAAGCCCUUCCAUGUUUUUCCUCUUGGGGUUGCUGUUGGUGUCUUGAAGGGUAGCGCAUCACUAGAGAGAGAAAUGAGGCUACUCAUGAUUCAACACGACCUUGUUAAAACGUUCCCAACACAUGUUGCUGAUCGAGUAAAGGCUUUGUCCAAAAAACACAAAAAAAUCCCCGCGCGUGAGAUUAAAAAACGAUUGGACUACAGGGGCGUAGUGACCCUGACAAUUGACUCCGCCGAUACACGAGAUAUCGACGACGCAUUGAGUGUUGAAGAAAUAGGAGACGACAUCACCCGCAUCGGGGUUCACAUCGCUGACGUCACGUAUUUUGUUAAGAAGGAUGACCUGAUCGACAAAGAGGCUCGAGCACGAGGUGUCAGCUUUUAUCCUCCCCAUGAUCAACCACGCAUAUUCAUGCUACCGGAUGAACUCACAACAUCCAUGUGUAGUCUCGUCGAGGGAGAAGAUAGGCUGGCACUUUCAGUAUUCUUUGAUUUUGAUAAAAAAUUAAACAAGGUUUCCAAACAUACCAUUAAGAGAACGGUGGUGAAAUCGAAACAGAAAUUAUCCUAUGAAGAAGCAGAGGACAUACUGUGCGGGACAGGACUUCCAAAUGAAAUAAGCAACACUUUGAAAAAAUUACAUCACAUUGCAAGUAAAAUUCAGGCCCAGCGAUUGAAAGAGGGGUCUGCUUUUAACCAGUUUCAGGACAACGGUGCCCCUAUGGCUCACGUGACUGUGGAAGAAUUCAUGAUCUUGGCUAACGUGACCAUAGGGCGAUCCCUUGGCGAAUCAUUUCAGCAUGUUCUUCUACUUGUGCAAGACCCUCCUGUGGAUUCAGCUUUGCAAAUGUGGCAAAAAGAGUUCAACCAAGUAGCCAAGCACUCCACCACAUUGAAAAAUUACCGACGAAAAUAUGACACAAACGCACCACCUGGAUCAAAGCAGAGGCAGCUGGCUACGCUGCAUUUGAGGGAAGCGCUGUGGAAGAAAGCACUUGAGCUUUCCAGGAAUGGGGGUGGGCAGGAACUUUUGGAGAUAUUUUCCAGAGAACAGCAUGCUCCUUUAAUAUACAGUGCACACUGGAACCUUAUCGAACUCCAACGACCGACCCGACCGGCUUGCAGUUCCGCUGCCAACCCGUCCCAGUAUAAAGAGCACCACGGACUGAACUUGACGGACUACACUUGGUUUACGUCUCCGAUACGAAGAUACGUGGACAUCGUAGUCCACCGGUUUGUACACGCCAUGCUUGACAAGGCAGAUGACACUCCGCCUUAUUCCCAAGAAGAAUUGGAAGAAAUUUGCAAGGAGAUGAAUGCGCUCCACAGGAAAGCCAAGAAGUUCCAUGGUGCAUGUGAACUCAUGCAAUUCUGCCUCCAGUUGAAAGAGAACACGACGAGCACCAUACUUCCAAUAGUAACUGCAUUGGACGAUUCCUUUAUCCAGCUACGCUUACCGUGUUGUAAAGACAUCCCCUCGAGGCAUCUGAGACUGCGCUUUGGCUCUAUGGGCCUGAACCAGAGACCCAGUUUAGAGCAAGGCACAGGUGCGCAUGUCAAGUUUUGUCCUCUAGAAUGGAAGAAGAAAUUAUAUGACAGGGUGGCAGUUCCAAAACCCCCGGACGGGGAAAGACAACAAAGCGCCCAGGAUUGGCAUGAUGUUAACCCAAAUCAGUUCCUGACUCCGUUGCCUAUACGUGUGUGGGACGACAUCAUUUAG